AUGUCAUUCACCCAUUUAGUUCUCACUCAUAGUGCAGGCCGAAAGUGCGAUAUUCAUGGCAACUUUAUUGACCAGAAUGCACCCCCACCAUCCAGAACCGAAGCCUCACCUACUGACUGGAUGCCAUAUGUAAACCAGGUUGCAUUUGAGACAGCGGAGUUCCUAUAUACACAUAACCAAAUGUCUGCAGCUCAAAUUGACACUCUUCUCGACCUCUGGGCAGCAACACUUAUUCGACACAAUGAUAGUCCUUUGUUCACUGGCCAUCGUGACCUAUAUGAAACUAUUGAUUCAACUCCCCUCGGUGAUGUUGCCUGGGAGACUGGAGUUAAGCCAGCUGAAGAAAUUCUGCUCUGGAUGACUGACAAAUACGAUGUGUGGUUCCAUGAUCCACGUCUACUCGUUCAUCAUAUGCUUUCCAACCCUGACUUUGACACUGAGAUAGAAUAUGACCCAUAUCGGGACUAUACUAACAAUGAUCAGUGUUGUUACAAAAACUUUUUCUCUGGUGAUUGGGCCUGGAAGCAAGCAGAUAUUAUUGCAGAGGAUCCAGAAACUCACGGAUCAACCUUUGUGCCUCUGAUCAUUGGCAGCAACAAGACUACAGUCUCAGUCGCUACAGGACACACUGAGUAUCAUCCACUCUAUAUGUUAAUUGGCAACAUUUCCAAUGGAGUUCGGCGCGCACAUCACAAUGGUGUGGUACUGGUGGGCUUUCUGGCUAUUCCCAAAAGCACAAAGGAACAUUUGGACGACAAAGACUUUCACAAUUUCUGCCAUCAGAUGUUUCACUCCUCGCUUGCCAAGAUAUUUGAGUCUGUGAAGUUGAAUAUGAUGAUACCUGACACCGUGCGCUGCCCCAACAGUCAUUAUCAAUGUAUCAUCUAUGGGCUAGGCCCAUACAUAGCCAAUUAUCCGGAGCAACUCAUGCUGUCGGGAGUUGUUCAAAACUGGUGUCCAAAGUGUCUGAAUCAUCAUAAGAAUCUCGACAGCGAUGGCCCAUCUUUACUCCAGUGCCAAGAACACACUGACCUCCUGGUUCAAGAACUGCAGCAUGUUCACCUCUGGCACAAAUAUGGCAUCAUUCAAGAGGUUGUGGUAUCUGAUAUCCACAAACUUAUCUCUCUGGACAUCCUGCACCAGAUCAUCAAGGGGAUGUUUAAAUAUCACCUUGUUGAUUGGGUAGAAGAGUAUUUGUUACUCACACACAGGGCUUCAUGUGCAGCUGAAAUUAUGGAUGAUAUUGAUCAAAGGAUCGCAGCCAUUGCUCCUUUCGCAGGUUUACGAUGCUUUCCACAAGGGUGUGGAUUCAAGCAGUGGACGGGCGACGACUCUAAGGCGCUGAUAAAGGUAUAUAUACCCGCCAUCAAAGGUCAUGUACCUCAGGACGUCAUUCACACAUUUAGUGCAUUUCUUGAUUUCUGUUACAUAGAUGACCUCACCCAACUUCAAGAUGCACUCAACCAUUUUCACCAGUACCGCCAAAUCUUCAAGAUGACAGGAGUUGUGCCUGACUUCUCACUUCCACACCAACACUCUAUUAACCACUAUUUCCUCGUGAUUCAACUCUUUGGUGCCCCAAAUGGCCUUUGCUUGUCAAUAACCGAGUUGAAGCACAUUAAGGCCAUUAAAGAGCCUUGGUGUCGCUCCAGCAGAUACAAAGCAUUAGGCCAAAUGCUGCUCACAAACCAAUGCCUCAAUAAAAUAGCAGCAUCUAUUGAGGUAGAUACAGCCGAGAUAGUUGAUGGACCUCCUGUCCAGGCUCAUGUGGAACUUGCUGCACUGGCCAUACCAGGUGGUACAUGUAAUAUCUCUGCACUUGCACUCAAACUUGAACUUCCGAACUUCCCCACAAUGGUCCAACAGUUCCUUUAUGACCAGCUUCAUGUUGGAGACCACGAGGCCCCUGAUUUUAAUCCUGUGCAUGACUGUAUAUUUGUCAGUACAAACAAGGAGGUCAAUUGUGGCUUGGAUGGACUUGCCAUCACAAGAGUAUUGUGCUUUCUUGUUAUUUGCUGGUUCUCAUAUGUCACAGAUAGCCAGAAUCCUGACACCGGAAUGUACAUUGUUGUGCCGUCAACUAAUGAUGAUGGCAUGCCAGAUAUCUCACUUAUCCAUAUUGAUUGUAUAUUCCAUGCAGCUCAUCUUAUUCCUCUCUAUGGUACUGAUUCUUUACCUCGUGAAAUCACCCCUCAUGACAGCUACAAUGUAUUUUGCACAUUCACCAUCAAUAAGUAUGCCAACCAUCAUGUGUUUGAAGUAGCAUGA